AUGUUUACGAAACCUGUCUGUAAUAAUACUGCUGAUGAUACGUGCAUAGCUUCAACGGACAGUGAUGAAAAUGAAACUGUGUUGCCCCCCUCACCAUCCAAGAAUGAAAAGUCCAGGUCAAUGAAUUCAACAAGCAACCCAAAUGCCAUACAGAAGUCAAAUGAAGUUGAAUGUUACCGGUUAUCUGAUCCCUUGCAACUCUCAUCCUCUUUAUCAUUGAAUAGCUCUUUGAGAUCACCUCAAGAUGUUUAUAAGACAGCCAAUGUCACAGAAGUCUUAGCUUCAGAACCUUAUGCGCAAUCAACUGAGUUGAGGCAACAUGUUACUUUUCCAAACCAUUUUCAAGUGCCCGAGGCUUUUAAAAGCGGUCUGACAUUUGGAAGCUUCGAUACUUUUAGUCCAAGUGAAAGAUCUUAUAGUGUAACUGGUCGUGACAAUAGCAGUUCUCCCGCUUCUGAAACUUCUCCAGGGAAUGACGAAGCUGUUACUUCUAGCAACCAAAGUGCGCCAUUGACUGAACAUGGAGGUCAUGUUGAUUAUGCACAUUCUUCAUCUUAUCCAGUUAAAACGACACUGGCUUCAGAAGGCAUUUCUAUAACUGAUAAUGAUUCAAAGAUUGAGCAACCAAAGCAGGAGGUAUUGUUAACUCCUGAGGGCCAUCCGAUUCCGACUAAUCAAAGUGCUCAAAACUAUGGUUUGAAUUUAAUGUCUACCAUGUUAGGGACUCAUCAAGUUCAAUUUGACGGUAGUGAGCUUCAGGCCCAAGAAACACCACACUUACCUUCAUUUGUUACUGCAAGUUCACAGGCGGUGUCCCCUAGCCCAACCCCACUCUCAUCUUCGGACAUCUCUAAUCAUUCCAUUCCAAAUGAUGUAAUCUUUGAAUUACCGUCCAAAUUAGUUUGCUCCAGCUUAGGGUCCAUGAUCCUGCGAUAA